UUAUUUUUAGCUCCUAUAUUCUCAUUCUCCAUUUCUCUCUCCUCUCCUCUCUCAACCAAGCUUCUAGUUGAUGUGAUUCUCCACUUACAAAAGAGAAGAAGCCAUGGUUUUUUCUUCACUUCCUCCUUAUCUUGAUCCUAACAAUUGGCAUCAGCCACAAAAUCAUCAUAUAAUUGGGAGCAACGGUGGAAGCCACCAUCUGCUCCCAGGACAUGAGGCGGGGGCGCAGGCGCCCCCGCCUCCUACCGCGCAGGGGUCGAUCCGGCCCGGCACGAUGUCGGAGCGGGCGCGCAUCGCCAACGUGCCGAUGCCGGACUCGUCCCUGAAGUGCCCGCGCUGCGAGUCGACCAACACGAAGUUCUGCUACUUCAACAACUACAGCCUCUCGCAGCCGCGGCACUUCUGCAAGACGUGCCGCCGCUACUGGACCCGCGGCGGCGCGCUGCGCAACGUCCCCGUUGGGGGCGGCUGCCGCCGCAACAAGCGGAGCAAGUCCAAGUCCUCCCCGGCCGGCAGCGGCGACCGCCAGGUCGCCACGUCGACCUCCGCGAGCACCGCCUCCGCCGGCGCAGGCGUGCCGCCGCAGUUCCAGCCUCUCCGGUUCAUGUCGCCGCUGAGUCAACUCACCGACAGCUUCAGCGGCGACAUGGCCUUGACUUACCCGCCGGCCGGGGCCCACGAGAUGGGGUUCCAAGGCGGGGCGAUGGCGUCGCUUCUGUCUAGCGUCGGCGGCGGCAUUGAACCGUGGCGUAUGCAGCAAGUCCAGCAGUUUCCCUUUUUCGGGGGUUUGGAGGCCUCGCAGGCGGGGAACUAUCAGUUUCCCGGUAGUGAGGCAGGGUUUCUGAGUCACGAAGCGAGCCGGCCGAAGUUUUCGAGCUCGCUUCUGACUCAGCUGGCGUCGGUGAAAAUGGAGGAAAACCCUAAUCUGUCGAGGCAAUUGAUGGGAGGAAUUGGGGGAAAUGAGCAAUGGAAUUCCAACGCGAAUUGGACAGAGCUCUCCAAUUUCAGUUCUUCUUCGACGAGCACUCCAUUGUAAUCAAUGAUCUCGAGCAUUUCUCUCGUUGAAAAAAGCCCUAGAAAUUGGUAGGUUUUUAAUUUAUUUUUGGGUUUUUUGGAGCAUUAAUUAGCUUAAUAUUUCUACUUGAUAUGUACUGCCUGAGAUUAAUGUUUAGAUGAAUGUGUGAUUUCUUGUAGUUUUUGCUUUCUUAGAAAUGGAGAUAUUGAUUAUAUGGUUUUCAAUUGAA